GCUACAGGGAGCCAGUGUAGAGACUUUAGAAAAUGUAUUACUUUUUCUAUCUACAAUAACAUUAAGACACCUUUGUAUUGAUGUGAAAGCAGGAUGCCUCCAUUUCUUCCCAGAUGUCUGACUGUGACAUCCGAUCUUCCUGAGCCUCACACUAAGACUGCAGGAGGAUUAGAAACAUCAUUCAAUGUGUUUUUACUUAUAUAGUCUGUUUCAGAUUCAGAGGGAAUUAGGAAAUUCAAAGCGGAACUAAAAGUCUGUUUCGUGUUUCUUCAGUGGAGCCACCGUGAAACACAGGAAAUGAAAGCAAAGCCCAGAUAGCUGCGUUAGUUUUUCUUCAGUUAAAUUGUAGUUUGAAGACGGGUUUGGUGUAUCUGGUAAAUAUUUGAGUGUUUGCAGUAACUCUGUCUUCACUUUAGUCCCAGAGAGAGUUAAUCAACGAGCAGCUAACUGCUGCUGAAGAAACUUUAACGGACUUUUAUAAAAUCAUCGUCCAGUCCGAGGAAGAGAUGGAUGAUCAGCCCAGACUGCUGUUCUCCCGGAUUCCCCUGAUAAUCUUACACCGUAUAGAUCGCCCUCGAUGCUGUGUGUGUAAAGAGGAGGUUCUCAAAGAGCUCAGCAACCAGAAGAGGAAGUCCACUUUAAAUGAAAAGGAACUGGAAGAUCAACAGUUCAGAGAGGAAGAGAAUCAACUCUGCAUCAGUCAGGAUGAAGAGCAGCUUGUGCUGAAACAAGAGACUGGAGACAUUUUAGUGACUCCUUCUAAUGUACGAAAACUCAACAAUGAAACAGAACCAAACCGAAACCAACUCGUCUCUCAAGCUAUUCCAGAAGAUGAGAACCAGGUUGAGGAAGGAAGCAAUUCUGGAGACCCAGGAGAAAAGAGAGACAAAGAGCAGAAACAAAACAAGAGAUGUCAGAAAAACAUCCGGCAAAAAGGAACUACUGAAGGUCCAAAACAAGAAAAGUGCAAAAAAUCUCACCUAAAGAAAAAGUUAUAUCCUUGUACAGUUUGUGAUAAAAUCUUUUCCGAAAACGAGUCUUUGACGAGACACACAAGAAUUCACACAGGUGAAAAACCUUUCACAUGCAUUAGUUGUGGAAAGAGUUUCACUCAGAAAUGUAGUUUAGCUACUCACAUGAGGAUUCACACAGGUGAGAAGCCUUUCACAUGUAUUAGCUGUGAAAAGAGUUUCACUCGGAAAAUUCAUUUAGCUAAUCACAUGAGGAUUCACACAGGUGAGAAGCCUUUCACAUGUAUUAGUUGCGGACAGAGUUUCACUCAGAAAAUUCAUUUAGCUACUCACAUGAGGAUUCACAAUGGUGAGAAACCUUUCACAUGUAUUAGUUGUGGGAAGAGCUUUACUAGAAAAUGUAGUUUAACUAUCCACAUGAGGAUUCACACAGGUGAGAAACCUUUCACAUGUACUAGCUGUGGAAAGAGUUUCACUCGGAAAAGUUAUUUAGCUACUCACAUGAGGAUUCACAAAGGUGAGAAGCCUUUCCCAUGUAUGACUUGUGGAAAACGUUUUACGGAGAGACAAAUAUUAACUUCUCACAUGAGGAUUCACACAGGUGAGAAACCUUUCACAUGUAUUACUUGUUUAAAAAGUUUCACCCAUAGAAAUAGUUUAUAUAUUCACAUGAGAACUCACAGUAGUCAGACUAUUUAAUGUGAACCUCAAGUACCAAGUUGCUCUGUAACUUGUUUUAUUCUGUAAUUACACCUGAGUGAAGUUUCCCCUCCAUAUCUCCUUCCACAGUCUUCAAAUCUAACAAAGUUGCUGUCAAACAUUUUUGCAGCAAAAAAAGUCACUUUGCUGCUUUUGCUUUGAAAAUAUUGAUGAUAACCUCAGAUGACCUCUGGAUAUCUUUUUUUCUUUUUUACUAAUAUCUUCAAAAUUAUACCUGAAGACAGUGGGGUGAGUUCUGGGAGAGCAACUUCACUGAGGUAGUAAUUACAUCUGGAUCACAUUUUAAAAUAUUUAGUUUAGUUAAAACAGCUUUUCAGUUAAGAGUUAUAAUUGUAGUUACAUAUUAGAUUCAUGUUAUGGGUUCAUGUAUGGACCGGUAGACUACAGCUACUAGGAUUGGGAUUAAUGUUUUCUGUAUUUGAAUGUAAACAUCACUCAUUAUUAUUUGCAUUAUUUUUUAUGUUUCUGAUUGAGGAACGAAAUCCUGAAUCAGAGUGAAUGUCAGACUUUGUGGUUUUUAUGUAAUAAAGUAAAUUUCCCAUUGUGAUGGUUUUUUUCCCAGUUUAGCUGUGGAUUGUGACUCGUUUAAAGGUGUAGUUGGUGGCUGCAUGUAUCAGUGAAACCAAGCUUAGUCUAGUUGGACACCAUCUGUUUUAUUCACCAAGAUUAUAUUCAAAUUGAAAUUACCAAGAAUGUAUUUUAAUUGUGUAAGAUAUUAAAAAUGUAUAAAUUACAUUACAAAAGUGACUAAAAAAGAAACUGUAUCUAUAAUCCUUAUAUAACAGUCAAUUUAACAUGUUCUACCUUCUAUCAUUAUGUUCAACCAACUUGUGAGUAAAAAGUAAAGUUGAAUUAUAUCUUCUUCAUUCACUUAACAUUUAUCUGUAUUUACAACUGUACGUUUAGUCUUGAUUCAAAGAUUAAAUGAAUAAAAGAUUUUUCACCA